AUGGCAUUCGUAAACUUGAUUUUAUUCAACAUUUUCCUUGUGAGUGUGAAUUGUGAAUUGCCGAGAAUAAAUGGACUAAAAUUGUCGUUUAUGGAACCUAUUGGCGUGUAUGUUGAAUGGAAUACUGUGCCAUACAAAUCUAUGCCUUUGAUAAAAGGGUACAAGGUGAAGCUAUGGUCGAUUGAAGAACAGACGACAAGAAAUUUUAAAUUACUAAAUGGAGAUCAAUACCCAGGGUUACAGAGAAACGAUAUUGCUCAAGAGCCCUUCAGCAUUGAACACAUAUCCAAAAAUAAUGUUAGUGUAAUAACGAAUUCCAACGCAUAUUAUAACAUGGCAAGAAUAUUUAUGAGUAUAGACAAUUUGUAUGAAAUAAGAGUCAAUACUUUCAAUGCGACAGCUGAAGGACCAAUGACAGAUCCUAUUCGGGUGAAAAUCGUAAAAUCUGUGACCGAAUAUACCAUGUCACCAAAGGUAGUGAAACCACGGCCAAUAUAUAAAGCAUUGGGUUUGAGAAGAAUCGAUUCAUGUGGUGUGUCAAUCAUUACGAACUCGAGUGAUGGAGAGCCGUUUAUCCAUAAUUCUUAUUUGUAA